AUGCAUUUUCAGAUGUUAAGAUGGACCGUUAGCCUGGCUGCGCUGUCGGGCACCACGACGGCCAUGGGAAUGACCGCAUUUCACCGGGACUUGAAGCUCGCAGCACAGAUAGGCAUCAGCCCGAGCCAGAUGCUGAGUGAACGGAAAUCAGUACAAGCUCUAGCCCAGCAGAUUGAGUUGGAUAACGUCACGGCGAAGACUGUGUCGAAACUUAGAUUCCUAUUGACCACGGAGAUCCUUCGGUGGGCACCUAUCAGAAUCGCUAUUGGGUUACCGACGCAUACUAUGAGCAGGGGGGGGCCGGUGUUCAUCUACGAUGUUGGAGAGGCCACAGCCGAAAACGCGGCGAAACUGUAUUUGGGGAACUCCACUACAUUCCUGGCGGAGAUAUUAGAAGAGUUUAGGGGCCUGGGAAUCGUCUGGGAGCAUCGAUACUACGGAGAUUCCUUGCCAUUUAACGUCAGCGAGGAUACACCGCCGGAGCAUUUCAAAUACCUCACGAACAAGCAAGCACUGGCUGAUAUUCCAUUCUUUGCUCAGAACUUCAGCUUGAACGGAUAUGAAAAAGUAGAUUUGACUCCAUCAGGUACACCCUGGGUGAUGGUAGGGGGCUCCUACUCCGGCAUGCGAUCCGCGUUCACUCGAGAUGCGUAUCCUGACACCAUAUUUGCUUCCUAUGCUUCCUCAGCCCCGGUUGAGGCUCGCGUCAACAUGAGCAUGUAUUACGACCAGGUCUAUGCCGGUAUGGUUGCCAACGGUCAUUUGAAUUGUACAAAAGACGUGAAGGCGGCGCUGGAGUAUAUCGAUGGGGAACUGUCAAAGAAUAACACCGCUGCAGCCGCGAUCAAACAGCUCUUCUUCGGCAAAGGCGCGGAGAAAAACAACAACGGCGACUUCACUGCGGCAUUGGCCGGGGUCUUUGGGUUUUUCCAGUCCUAUGGAUUGGGUGGCGGCGAUGGUAGUCUCGGAUCCUUCUGUGAGCAUCUUGAGACCGAUCCGGAAACACUUCGAGUGGCUGGGCCCCGUGGAUUUGCUCCGUACCGGGGCAAGAAGUAUGUCGCCGAGCGAUAUGCAUCUUGGCCCGUCUUCACUAGCCUGAUCAACUACAACUUCAACACUAAUUGCAAGCAGCUGGAUAACACGCUGCCCCUUUCGUGCAAGUUGAACCCCAAGUCUGCCGACCCAGACACCAUCAGCUGGACGUGGCAGUUUUGCACCGAGUGGGGAUACUUCCAGAGUAACAACUUCGGGCCACACUCGCUGCAGUCGCGAUUCCAGAGCCUUGACUAUAUCCAAUACACCUGUAACCGGCAGUUCCCUGAGGCAAUCAAGCAGGGUCUGCUACCGAAGAGCCCGCAAGUAGACGCCACAAACCAGCAGACCGGGGGUUGGACCAUUCGACCCUCCAAUGUCUACUGGAGCGGCGGACAGUUUGACCCCUGGCGGACGCUGUCUCCGCUUGCCACUGAGGAAAUUGCGCCACAGGGUGUGACGUUCACCACGGAUAUCCCCAAGUGCAACGUCGAGACGGACGAGAACACGCUGUUUGGGUAUAUCCUGGCGAACGCGGAGCACUGCUUUGACUUUCAGAAGAACUUCGGCCCGGGUAAGAUUUCACGUGGGUACUUCUAUGAGGCCCUCAAGAAGUGGCUGCCCUGCUUCGAGUCCAGGCACGAUAGUCCCAGCCGCGGCCAAUUUUAA